GACAUGGAGCGCUAUGGACACAGUCUACACGAAUCGAGUAGGAAUCUCAGCUAAAGACAUAAAUAUUUCUUCAGUUAGGAAGCAAACGUUUUGAGAGACUGAGAGGAAAGAACGGGUGGCCCGGUUGAGGAUGGAGUGUGCAUUUGACGCACAGAAUCUGAUUUCCAUUUCUUUGAGGAAAAUCCAAAGCUCCAGGACGCAGAGAGGAGGCAUCAAGCUCCACAAGAACUUGCUGGUAACGUACGUUCUGAGAAACGCCAGGCAGUUUUAUAUGAGCAAAAACUUGUCGCAGACGCAGAGGACGCAUCACUAUGAGGAUGUAGCUGCAGUCCGGGAGAGACAAGAAUACCUUGAAUUGACGGGGAGCUUAACGGAGUUGGCCGAUGACUUCUACUGCAACUUUACUGGGGUUGAGUCGGACACUUGGCACUGCGGAGCGCACCAGCCCAUCGGCCAGCCUGCAGAGGUGGCGCACCAAGACGCAUCUGCCUGCGCAAUGGUUUCACCAAGUGACUCUGACCUCAUGGUUUCGGACGCCUGUUGGAGUUGUGCAGACAAAUCCUCCUGGGAGUUACCUAUCCCAAACGCACAAGCCAACCAAAAGACUGUCCUGGACUUGGACACGCAUGUGGUGACUACUGUCACGAACGGAUACUUCCACUCAGACUGUUGCGCGCAGUCAAAACAGCCGCAGGGCGCGCAGUGCUACAGUAAAAAGCGAAAGAUGGACACAAGUUAUCAUAUUGUUGAUCCAGAGUUUUAUUUGCCGGACUUUGGGCCAGUGCCAUGUAAGAGGAUGAGGACGGAUGAUGAUUCACACUCAGACUCGGACCAGUUGGACAGCACGAACAUCUCCAACCUGAUCUCAGUGUUGGGCUCAGGUGGACUAUCUGAGUUUGUGAGUUGGCAGCAGACGGACCUUGAGCAAAUAUUCGCCGCUCAAACAAUUUGUUUAAAACAGACACUGUUAGCAGGCAGCGGCUGGACCAGAGCAAUCGAAGCAUUUUGAUUUGUAUGAUUGUUUUUCUUUGUAUCGUUUUAUUUUAUUCCUUUCAAAUAAACCAUGAGACGACUGCAA